UCAAAAAGGCACACUUGGUCUCAAACAUCACGCUUUGCAUCAAAGGCCAACACUUCUUUGGGGGGUGUCACCACCGGAAGCGAGAUAGGGACAGAGUCAAGGAGACCUCAAAGUUCGGCGAGUAAAACGCAUGUGCCAUCGCUUGCUUCACAUGCUUUCUUCCGUCCACUGAGCUCGCAGAGGCUUCAAGCUCAGCGAGGGCGUCCUUCGCCAGCCACCUUCGUUCCAGCUAAAGAAAAUGUGCCUUUAAAAGACGCAGACUCUGAGAUAGCGCAUGAAUUGGAUUCAAAGAUUAAUCAGAAAAGGAACUCCGCUGUCCUUCUUGAUAGUGAAAAAGCGCAGCCACCGUCAAGGGGUACUGAGUGCACCGAGUUCCAUGGGCAGGAAAUGAUCACAGGCGAAGUUAGCCCUGCUGCUAAUCGCACAGGCACAAGCACUGCCGGCAGUGCGCAUCCUUUGACCCAAGCUUCUCUGGCACCCAAUGAGCCGACCGGGACGGUCUUUCGAAGAGGCUCCGCCUUUUCGUCACCUCUCGAGAAAGAUCAAGGCUCGUUUCGCUCAAAUUUCCUUUUACCAAGUCAGAAUUUAGAGCUUCGAGAUAAUCAAAUCAUCGGUCGAGAAAAGCUAGCUUCUGCAGAUUCUUCGCCACAACUUGGGCCCUACGAGACAAAUAAUCACGUGAGGAGAGAUUCGGAGCGCAAUUAUCAAUAUUUUCCUGGAAACACUGUCUUCUGCUUUGGCGGGAGGCUUCAAAAUACCAAAGAUCGACCAGUUAACAUCGUCACUUUCGUCUUGGUCAUUCUGCCCUCGGCUCUUUUCUUUGGUUUCUCUGCUCCAUGGCUCUGGCUGCAUGUCUCGCCCGCGAUACCAAUUUUGUUUGCGUACCUCUUCCUCAUAUGUGUUUCCUCCUUCACUCAUGCCUCUGUUACCGACCCUGGGAUACUACCGCGAAAAACCCAACCAUUUCCUCCUGCGAAUGAUGCAGACGAUCCUCUUACCCUUGGGUCGCCAACGACUGACUGGACUCUGAUUAAGUCAGCUGCGUCGCCCACCUCUGCCAUGGAGGUUCCAACAAAAUACUGCAAGACUUGCAACAUUUGGAGACCUCCUCGGGGACAUCAUUGUCGAGUUUGCGACAACUGCGUGGAAACGCAAGAUCAUCAUUGCGUGUGGCUCAAUAACUGCAUUGGUCGCCGAAACUACCGAUUUUUUAUAUCCUUUGUGGCUUCCUGCACGUGUUUAGGUCUCUUUUUACUCGGCGCCAGCCUUGCUCAUAUUCUUCUAUACGAAUCCAGAGAGAGCAUCUCAUUUCGGGACUCAAUCAGUCAUCUGCGAGUCCCCUUUGCUAUGGUUCUAUACGGAGCCCUAGCGACGCCUUAUCCCGCAUCUCUUUGGGGUUAUCACUUAUUCCUGAUGGCACGAGGCGAGACAACAAGAGAAUAUUUGAAUUCUCACAAAUUUUUGAAGAAGGACAGGCAUCGUCCAUUUACGCAGGGCAAUAUUCUGAGAAACUGGUUAGCGGUCGUCAAUCGGCCGAGGCCCCCAACCUACAUACGAUUCAAGGAAAAACACGAGGCCGGUGACCAAAGGUUUAAUCUUCGGAGA